AUGCCGGACUCGCAAGAUUCCAGCCACAAGGACCGUCAUCAACAUGCUGCUCCUAGUCCUCGUGCCAACCAGACAAAGGCUACAAAGUCUCCCAGUAAAAGUCCUCCUCAGACGCCCUCCAUCGAGGUGGUCCCGCCCUUCCACACAUAUACUCCUUCCGAGAGCUGCUCCACCUCAAGCAGCUGGGAGACACCCGAGCGAAUGCUCAGCAUCGACCGGGCACUCUCCCCCUUCUCCCGGCAGCCAUCGCCACUACCAAGUCCGCGAAGCCCUCGUUUCCAAACAUCAUCAGCCAGCAAAACCCGCAUGAUCGGGCUUAGCCACUGGAUGGCUCCCUGCAACGAAAUGGACGUCGUCCGCGCCAUGCUCGACCACUCCGAGCCCUUCAAUCCGUGUCGCAAAGCCUUCCGUGAGCUCAAGACCAUGCUCCGCUUGCACAACUCUGUCCCCCCGUCUCUCCCGACUCUGACGAGCGACACCGACCUCAAACUCCUCCUCCCUGUCCGGCCCAUCUGUAAACGGUGGUGCGCCCAAUACCAAGCCACGUACGGCCGCAUCUACUCGAUCCUCGACCCCAAAGCCCUUGGCACAGACGUGGACCGUAUCUACACCGGCACCCUCUCCCACCCUGUUCACGUCUCCAAGGUUCUGCUAGCCAUCGCCAUCGCCAUGCAACCCUCCUCUUCCUCCGACCGCCUGUACGGUAGGACCUUAGCCCGCCAAGUCGAGAUCUUCCUCCACUCUUCCAGUCGGUUCCAAAAACCCUGCAUCGGCGUCGUACAGGUGCAUCUCCUCUUAAUUGUCCUGAAAACCAUCUCCGCCUCGGACACGGACAAGUUCUAUGACUUGAUGGGUCUGCACGGCAUCACGACGCAGAUCGUGUUGAACAUGGGUCUGCAUCGGGAUCCUGCGCUGUUUGCGGAUGUCAGUCCUUACCACGCGGAGGUGAGAAAGAGGCUAUGGGCGACCUUUGUGAGGUUGAAUCUGGAUUAUUGCGUGAGGAGCGGGACACACUUCACCCUCCGUCUGGAAGAAAGCGACUGUCCCCUGCCAACUACCGCCGGUCUUCGAGCCCCGACAGACUCGACUACCACCAUACUUGGACGCGAACCGGAUGAGCAGGCUAGGACAGAUUUGGACUUUGGAAUCGCAGCCGCGCGAUUAGCCAACGUCAUUGGACCCAUGCAACAAGCCCUUUACUCGUCCAAAGCCGGGGAAGCCUCGGACCCAUGCCAGUUGCAGAACGAACUCAGGGCGGCGUACGAGGACAUCAUUGCUUCCCUCCCGGUGGCAGAGCUUCAACGUGGCCCUGGCUCUGGCUCACCUCGGCUAAGCUCAACAGACCCCAUGCAAUCCCUCCAGCAGUCUAUCCUCUCCAUCACCUUCCACAGCUUCCUCUCCAUCAUCAACCUGGCUUCCACCCUCGGCUGCCCGCCUCACAGCACGCAGCGGCCGUCGCUAAUAGAGAUAUGGGACUACUCCACCUCUGUCUUUCACGAGUUUCGAUCCCUCUGCCAGUCAUCAUCCCCAGUCCCAGCAGCAGACAUAGCAUGCCACCUCCUCUGGACAGACGCCUGUCGUGCCGUGCUAGCAGCUUGCUGGGCCGUCUCCCGACUAAGGGAACUCAAUUUCUCCAUCUCCCCUCACCCGCAGCAAAGCACGACAAUGGUCCACAUGCACGUGUUCCAGCAGAUCCUGACGGAUGCAUUGGGGUUCUUGUCAGGGAUGUGGAAAGGCAAGUUUCAUUUAGGACCGGUGGCAGCCAAGACCAGUCUCAUUCUGGCUGUUACUCUCAAUGUAACGCUUGCUGCACAACAACAAAACAGCAGCAGCAGCAGUAACUUGGAUGUAGCACCAGCACUGAUGGAAGUGGGCGUCGUCACUGCUGAGAUGCUCAUUGGGGAGUUUACUGCCGCUUUGCAACAGCAGCAGCAACAGCAGCAACAGCAACAGAGCCGACAGCCUACCAGCUGUAAGCUUCCGGAUCUCAGCAGCCUGGGUAUCAUGACCUCUGUUUACUCCCCCAGUGUCAUCUCCGGUACCUCACUCUCCAUGUCCCCCCUCUCCGAUGCAGACAUGGAGGAGGAGUCCACCAUAUCCAUGUCCAUGCCAGUAACAAUGGCAGGGACAGGGACGGGUACCAGUAUCUAUGCCUCAUGGCCUCCUCCCUGUCAUCCAGCGCCCACUUCCUCCUCCUCCUCCUCCUGCUGCACCUCCUCCUCCUCCACCAACACCCUUCUCGUCGUCCCGCCAACAAACUCAUCGGGAGCGAGUUCGUUGGUGAGCACCCCGUCAUUGACUACCUCUACGCAUGAGUACGACGAGUAUGAGUACGAGUACUUUGAUUUGCACCAGUUCUCGGCGGCGGCACCAGAAGCGACUGCCCCUGGUUUCAGUUGUAUUGAAUUGCCGCUGGACGGCCAUCAUCACGGGUACGACGAUUUUCAUAUCAUCAACAAUGGGACAGCAGGGGCGAGCAUACAGCAUCAGCAGCAGCAGCAGCAGCAGCAGCAGACGCAGAAGGGGAUGCAGCACGAGGGGGGAUUGGGAAUCUAUCCUAGCUUGAACCUUGACGCUUAUCAGCAGGGGAUGGUGGGUAGUAGGAUGGGUUUGAAUGGGAUGGAUGAUGGGAUGAGUUUGUGGCAAUGAGGCAGUCAGUUUGGUGAGCUACGAGAUCAGCAUUGGGGUUUUAGUCACCUCUAGAGAAGAAGGGGGAAGAAUGCACUGUAAAAAGAGGAAGGUAGAAUGGAAGUUUUGUAAGAUCUGUACCUACCUAGCUGUGUUUUAUUUGAUUUGUUAGUGUGUUCGAAUCAAGCAAGGAGUUAAC